AACUCUGAUACUACGCACACAAAUACAUAUGCACAGCAGCAACUGUUUUAUUAAUGAAACACAACAACAACAACAACAACAACUAACAACAACAACUAACACAUGUCCACAUCUCCCCAUUCCCUCUCUUUUCGUCUUCUCUAAGAUUUUUUUUUCUUCCCCCACGAAGCUCCCAAUCUUUUGUUUGUUUGCUCCUCACUUCACAUCUUACUCACCUCUACUCCUCUUCCUUCUUAGCCACAUAACCCCCUUUCUCUCUCUUUCCUUUGCCAUUCAUUUUUCCAUGUGGAAAGUUCUAAUUAGACCCCGUUUGGAAGUAUUUUGAUAAACUUAACAAGAUGAUGAAAGACGAGAAAUAAUCGGCGAGACGUGCGGUUUGUGCUAAUUGACCGUUUUUGACGUUUUAAUUACCCAAAAAACAGCUUCUUUGGUCUUGCAUUCGAUUUAUUACAGGGAAUUUUCUUAUCAUUGAAAGAGAGAAAAACUGUUAAAAGAGAGGUAUAGAAAUGAGUUAUCAAUUUUGUUAUUCUUGAAUGUUUCUAUGGUUAGUUUCCAUUGUCUUUCUCCUAAUUUCUUCUUCUUGUUCAUUGAAAGACGAGACAUUUUUUCAGUCAUUUUCAGUUUUUCAACCAGAUGGGUUGUUUCCAAUUUUUAAUAGGGGAACAUUGAAAUGUUCAAAAUUUUCUCCUUUUUGUCAACAAACAAUAAUUAACAUCAUAGCAACAUUCUUGAUUGAGCAAAAAGGGUCAGAAGAAAUGGCAUCUUCUCAGGUAGAAAUAGCCUCUUCUUCUUCUCCCUUUGGUCAUGUCCUCAGAGAUCGUAACAGGCGUGAUCGUUGCAGCCACAGAGAUUCAACCAAUGCUGCUUUUCAAAAGAAUCUCAAAGAUUUGGUUCAUACCCACAUCCAUUCUUGCAUUUCUUCAAGUCAACCCACCCCCUCCUCUGCUGAUAGUCAUGGACCUGGUCAUGUUGACUAUGCUGAUUUAUGGGUUCACAAACCACAAUGGGACAACAAUGAGAACAGUCCCACGACUAACAUCAAAUCCACUAAUAAUAAUAAAUGGGAUAAAGCUAGAGAAAUGGUGCUUUCUUCUAGGACUACGAAACAGAGAGAGGCGAACGCGAACGUGAAUGCUUCGUCGCCUGAAGGCAGUGCCGUGGAAGUUCCUAAUAAUGGUGGUGUUUCGACACUUGUACGCCGUUGGAGAGAUUUUGAGACGGUUUCAAAGAGCGUGAAUUUGGGGAACAAUUCACCUCAGAAAGGUUGUGAUGAUACAUGUGAUGAAUCUUCGGUAGAUGGACGAUUCGAAACUCCGGCCAUGAGCGUGAAUGGCGAAUCGUCAGGAGAUUGGGAACCCAUGGAUAAAACUACGGUUAUGAAUGAAAGAGAUUCAGAUAUUAAAGAAAGGGAAAAGCCAAGAGUUGCUGAUAUUAUAAGAAAAUUGGCAAGUAGUAAGGGUGAAGAGAAUAAUGAGAGCGAGCACAAUGGUAACAAUGCUGCCCUUGCUUGUGGUGGUGAAUCGUUGCCCCGAAUUAAAACAUCAUUUGAUCAUUCAGAGCAAUUACAACAACAACAACAACAACAGCAGAGGAGUUUUUUCCCAGUUCUGCACUCGCCUCGAAUCAUAAGAGGUCGCCAGGCGUUGAGCGAUUUGCUGUUGCAAAUGGAGCGUGACAGAUACCGGGAACUUGAAGGUCUUAAAGAGCGUAAGGCCGUUUCCAAGUUCCAACAAAGAGGUCGUAUUCAGGCUUUGCUUAAAGUUAGAUUCCUGCGUCGUGGCACAGGCGCCAGAGAUGAUCGAUCAACCAAAGGCACAUCGUCCGAAUCAAAUAGAAUGUCUCAAUCUGCAAUCAUGCAUAUCAGGAAAAGGUUCAAUACAGAAAGUCAGAAUGGUGAAGCUGAAUCAAGAAGCCUCUCAAGAGAAGCGGCAGAUAACACCCAGGAAAGCCGGAAUUCCACACUAAUUCAGCAAAGAGUACAGAAUUGUGAAAGGGAUGACAAAGGCUCGAUCAGCUGCCAUAGAGAACUGGCUGAUAACAACACUGUAAAAGUUGGAAGUGAAUUAGCAUCGUAUAAGCGGAGAGAAAGGAAUCAUCAGGGAAUGCAGCCUGGUGUAGCUGACUCAAGAAGCACCUCUAUAGCUGUGGAAAAUAACAGUCCGAAAUCAGAAUUUGCGUCCACAUCUGCACGAGAGAAUCAUUUACAAGAGCCUAGUGAGCCGAUAACUCUCUGCACAAAAGUGCAAGAUAACAACUCGCAAGUUGGAAAAAAAUUUCCCUCCAAUCAACAGCAAGAAGAGAAAAUAAGCUCCCAAAGGGUUACAACAAAUGUGAAAGCUACAAGCUCAUCAAAUCCCCAGAAAGAUAUGCCAUUUCAUACCCGACAUUCGGACAGUUCUUUUAGUCCAAAUCAUAAUGAGGUAGACCGCAGUCAUCAAGCAAUUAGCCCCAAAUUACUACAUUGUACUUCACAACUACGGAGCUCAGAUAUUUCCCAUGACCAAGCUAGCUGGGGAAAUGCAAGCUGUGAAGCUAGCCAUGACAAGUCACUGGAAUUUUUAGAGACACCAAAACCUCCCAAGUAUAGUGAACUAAGUGUCCAUAGAGAAGAACAAGAUGCAAAUAACUUGCAGCAUGCAGGAACAAGUAAUGAGUGGUCUAGUGAGAGCACUAAACGUCAAAGUGACUGGGAAGAGGAAGCGACCAACCAGAAUCUAGUGGACAGUGAUUGUGGUUGGGUAAGUGAUUAUUCUCACACAGCAAGUGGAUGGGAUGAACUACAGUCUAACUACGAGCAGCAGUCAGAAUCCAACCAAGACUGGGUAAGUGAUAUUUCACGUCCACGUAAAGAGUGGGAAGGUCUUAGACAAGAAAGAUACCAAGAGAUGCUUGAUCCUUUCCAAGACAAUAAUCAUGAUAUUCGCCAACUUCUUAACAGAAAAAGUGUCUCAAUCUUUCUUAAUAGUGGUUUGAGAGAGAAAAUAGAUCGACUAAUGGCGUCUCGCUCACAACAACUACCUAAUGCAAUGACCGGCCAGCUUCAGGAAGAAGUAGGGGCACUUGUACCUAAAGAAAAGGAGAAGGAAGAGGAAGUGGUAUCACGUAAUGAAACACGAGGGGGAGAGACCAAAGAUGAUGAGGAAGAAGAAGACUCGGGUUAUGAGGAUUACUUUGAAGAUGACAAUACACCAAUUAGACAACAUUACCUCGAACCUGAGGAAUUAGUUGAUCAGAAAAAAGCUUCACGUACUUUACAGUCAUGGAGCAAUAAUGAAGACCGGGGUGUCACUGAUGACUCCUAUCACCUUCCGUCUAAUUCUUUACCACAAUCUCAAUCAUCCAAUACUUACUCCCAUCACAAUCAACAAUGCUCCUCCUCCGCUAUACACACUUCAAUUGAAAUGGAACUAAUAUAUGAAUUGCGAGGACAUAUGGAGCAACUCCACCAAGAGAUAUUUGAAAUACGAAGAUCAAUAAACAGCUGCGUGAACAUGCAAAUGAAAUUACAACAUUCCAUUAAGCAGGAGGUUGCAGCUGCAAUCACUCAGUCAGGUCCAAUGAUUGGGAGUAAUUCAGAUAAGAAGGGUGCAAACAGAGCAAAUUGUCGUAUUUGCUAUGAGGCGCAAGUUGAUUCUCUCCUUUACAGGUGUGGGCAUAUGUGCACCUGUUUCAGGUGUGCCCAUGAAUUGCUUUGGGGCACCGGAAAAUGUCCAAUAUGUGAAACCCCCAUAAUAGAUGUUGUCCGUGCAUAUAUACACUCGUGACGCACAGGUUAACCGGAUUUUGUUCUAGAGGACUGCCGAUUCCUAACUUUUUGUUCAAUGAGAGAUGAGCCAAAGGAUGAUUUUCAUUUUAUUUUCCUUUUUUCUUUUUAAUUGAAUCUUGAGCCAUGGAUUUUUUUUUUAUGGCUAAUUUAUUGUCUAUAACAGGCUUAGAGAUAGUGGAUGAAUGCGCUCUCUCUCCUCUGGUUUUCACUAACCAUCCGUUGUAUACAAUAGGAGAAAAGAAAGGAAAGUUCUUUCUAACUGUGUCUUUCAAAUUCUUUGUAUUAACAAUUCAACAGAAAAUUGGAGAGUUCCUUACAUGUAAAUAAGCUACAAGCCGCUUAGCAUUUUCUCCU